GCACUCAUGUGCUGAACCCCACUGAGAAGAAAGCUCAGGAUUUCUGCUAGUAUGAUGGGCUUAGCAGUAUUUAACAUUGCCAAGAGUAGUUCCAACUGGGUUUCAGCUAGCAUCAGUAUAUGAAAGCUGGUUUUCCUUUUGAUAAGGCUUUCAGAUGUGACCAGAAAUUGUGGGUCCACAAAACAGAAAGAAAAGGGGGAGGGGAGGAGCACAACAAUGCUCACAGUAUAUUUUUAUACAUAUUUACAGAAGGAAGAUCUGUGCUAUCCAAACUUGACCUUUCCUCAUGGAUGAGUCAAACAUAACGUUUCAUCCCAGCGAAGGCACAGAGAACAUCUCAAUGCACAGAAACAUUUCUACACAGGAAAGGGUCUGGGAGAUAUUGACCCCACUUUGGGUAAUUAUGAUCAUCUCCUUCCUGGGUUUUUGUGAAAAUGGAAUUGUCCUCUGGUGCCUCUGCUUCCAGAUCAAAAGAAACCCAUUCACUGCGUACAUCACACACCUGUCCAUUGCUGAUAUCUCCUUACUGCUUUGUACCUUUGUUCUGUCAAUUGAGUACAUUGCUGGUUUUGGAUUUGCAUAUGGUUUUUACUAUUACAUAACCACCACACUAUCUAUUGUCUUCCUUCUUGGAUACAAUACUGGUCUCUAUCUCCUGACAGCCAUCAGUAUUGAGAGGUGUCUGUCUAUUGUUUACCCCAUCUGGUACCGAUGCCACCGGUCACAGCACCAAUCGGCAAUUGUGUGUGCAAUUCUGUGGACUCUCUCUUUUCUGAUGACAGUAGCUGAAUACCUAACAUGCAAAGAUGAUUCAACAAAGGAACAAUUCGACGAUGGCAACCACUGCCAAGCACUGCUCAUCUUCACAUGGAUCCUGACUUUCAUGAUCUUCAUUCCUCUAAUGAUUCUGUCCAGCCUCAUCCUAGUUAUCAGGAUUCAUCGUAACUCCCUGAGACCUCAUUCGUCAAAGCUCUACAUCAUCAUUGUGGCCACAGUCAUUGUCUUCCUCAUCUUCGCCAUGCCUAUGAGGCUGUUGUAUCUUCUGAAUUACCACCACUGGUCAUCUUUGCUCAGCCAGCAGAACCACGUCACCAUUGUUCUCUCCACCGUUAACAGUAGCAUCAACCCCCUUGUUUACUUCUUUGUAGGAAGCAGCAAGAAGAAGAGGUUCAAGGAGAGCCUCAAAGUGGUUCUUAGUAGAGCACUUGCUGAUGGGUUGCGGCCGAGAAGCCAGGAAGUUGGCAUGAGUUUGGAUAUAGCUGAAACAAUUUUCUAAUGCUUAGAGGGGAAACUUUAGGGACAAAUAAUUGGAUGUGGAAGGUUUAGAAAGCCACUACAAAAUUAAAAGUAUUUUUCUUCCAUAGAAUGUAAAAAGCAGUGGUGAAAUAGUACUGUUAUCUUUGGUGGCUGAGCAAUGGAAAAAUAUGGACUAGAAUAAAGAUAACUUCUAUUUGUAUUUUAAUUAUUCAAACACAUGCUACAUCCUGAUGUGACUAUGUCAGUCAAAGAUACCACAGUGGAAAAGAGACAGGCCAACAGAGAAUAUAUAAAAAGGACACAGGAAUAUGUUAUAAAUAGUGUGACAUUUAUACAAGCACCAAGCACCCAUAAAUGCUAUUGAAGUCAUCAGGGCCUGUGUGUAUACGCAUUUUUGAAAGUCAAACCCACUAAACACAGGAUUCAUGUUACAUACUGGGAUUUAGUUUUAAUGGUUUCCAGGUUGUCUAAGUGCGCAAAAGAGCUGCUCCCUGGGGGAAACAGAGGAAGAAAUCCACAUGUGGGAGUAAGUCCCCAUACAUACCCAAAAACAUACGGUGCAGCUUAGGUCUAUCAAGACCUUUAAGUAUAUAUUAAAUCAUCAAGUUCCUCUGUGGUUAAGGGGCUACAUUGUGAAAUCUCCAGCAACAUCAGCAUUUCUCUGGGUCCUUGGAUAAUUUGGUAACUUACACACAGGACUAGCUGGCAACAUAGGGAUGUUGUCAACUCACAGAAGGCUUUUGCCUUAAUUAUGAAGGGUGGGGCUGGCUCAUCCCCAAAAUGUCAGUGUUCCUGUAGGUUUAGUUAUUCAAGGAGUCUAUGAGAAAGUUAGUCCCAACACUUGCUGUCCCAGGCACUUACCUAGUAUUUAGCUGUUCUCUGGAGAAUAUGUACUCCCUGUGUGGUCUUGGUGUUUUGUAACAAUCAGUUUUGGAUAAACAUCAAAAAAGAAAGGUGCCUCACAAAAGGCAGGAGUGGGGCUACACCCCAGCCACACCAAUCCAGCUGACUGCCUCCUUCAGCUGUAUGCUAAGGUAUUGGCGUAGGUGUUCUGCGGAGUUUAAUUUCCAGGGCCACUUGCCCAACUGUAGCCAAGCUGCAGAGUACAGAGGAAGACAAUAGGAAGGAAGGGAUUGGG